AUGACGACCGUUCUACAGGCUCCUCUUGCUGGGGCCUCGCAUUUCUCGUCUAACCCCAUCCACUCCAGCUCAUAUCCUGAUCUAUCCGCCCUAGACGCUUCAAUAUCUUUCGGCCAACCCCCUUCCCAAACUUCUCCCUACUCUCGCCACGACUAUGGCAAAGUAUAUCCCGACUCCGGGCCCUCUACCGCGCCCUCUUCCCCUCAAUUGACCUAUUCCUCGCGGAGGGAUUCCAAUGCGUCGACGCCGGCUAGUUGCUUGUCUUUGGAUCAGAGGGAUAUAAUGGACGAAGACGACGACAUGGCAUUCCCCGCCUUCGGGGCUGCCGAUCACGGGACCAAGUCGAGUCGGGAUACUACAGUCUCGACCGAACAACAUGACGAUAUUCCAACCCAGGUUCUAAGUCCUCCCACAGACGAUACUUCGCUCACGGGGAGGAAAACCCAGGACGACCAAUCAAUAGAAGCAGAGCCUACGAGACAUGUCGACUACCUCUCACAUGAAUGGAAAGAGGAAGAAAUCUGGAGGUCAUGGAGCUACGUGGUUCACAGGCGGGGUAGUCUUACCAAUGGAACUCGACUGGAGAAUGCGUCCUGGAGGUCGUGGAUGAAGGCCAAAAACCACCUCAAAACGGUUUCGCCCGAGACACUCAAUUGGCUGAAAGACUGUGACGUGACUUGGCUAUACGGUCCGCUACAGACGAACCGAAGUGUCUCCCAAUCCAUGACCACCACAUCUCCUCCCCCCAGCAGGUUAUCUCAUUCAUCUUCCUUCAUCUCCAAAAAGCCCAUUUUGAAAAAGAAGUCGGCGUCGGCAGUCAUCUUGGAACGGUCAAGGUCCCAGCACUCGCUGUUACAGAGAGCUGGAGAUAUCAUCCGGAUACAGCAGUCCAGCCCAGCUGGUGGACGUCCUAUUCUGAGACGAGGAAAUUCCGAAUUUGUUCUGCCACGAUACGACAGUUCGGUGGUCAACACCCCUGCUGAGCAUGAGACCCCAGGCUUCAGUGGUCCCCGAUCUUCGUUCGCUUUUGAUGUGCCAACUCCGUCAGAGUGUAAGCACGUCUUGUUCGACGAGGAGGUCAGGCAAGUCCAGGCUAUUGAUUCCGAAGAUGACGACAAACCAGACGAAGAAGACGUGAUCCUCGAGGAUGACGAGGACGAUGAUUGUGGGUUAAUGAUGGCCCCGGCUCAAAGAUCGGGUCGGAGCAGUGGUCGAACAACGCCCCGCGGCAGUUUCAGCAACGAGUCCAAGACGAUUGUCCCGUUGCCGUCUACUACGUUAAAGUACAGGACCGAUACCCCUGAGCCUCACGAGAUUCCUAACCCGCCGAAUGGAUUUUGGCCCACGGCCCGAAAACUAUCACCCUCACCAUCCCAGGAGACCUUGCGGCCUCCUAGGCCGCACCAGAACUUUCUAAUUGAUGACGAUCCGGAAGUGGUGGAUGAGCCUUGGCAGCCUCAGUCUUCCUUUGGGGACGAUCGGUCCCCAUAUGACGAAGAGGAUGACGGCAACGACAAUCACCCUACAAUGAGACGCACCGAGUCCGGUAUGUUCAUGCCCUACGACGAAAACGACGACGAAGUGGCCAUGAACAACACCCUUUUCGGGCAGGCCAUGUACGCCGUCAAUACCUUCAGAGAUAUUGCUCAUGUGGUAUGGAAUGUGGGCUGGAAUCGAAGAUAA